UGUAGGCGCCGCCCCCUGGCCCAGCCGCUGAGCCUUCUGGGAGAUGUAGGCGCCGCUCCCGGCAGGCGCCGCGCGGCCUAGGCCUGAGGCCUGGCAGGAGAAGCAGGCGCUGUAAAUCUUGGAUCCUUCGGCCUGUGCUUCCCCGUCCCCAGGGCAGGCGUGGCUGGGCUCCGAGGAUCUGUCUGAUGGUUCCCAGGCUGUGCUGAUGCUGCUCUGCCAGAAGAGAGAUGGGGAAAAGAUACUUCUGUGACUACUGUGACAGGUCCUUUCAGGACAACCUUCACAACAGGAAGAAACACCUCAACGGAGUGCAGCAUCUCAGGGCUAAGAGAGUCUGGUACGACUUAUUCCGAGAUGCUGCCGCUAUCCUGCAAGAGGAGCAAACCAAGAAACCUUGUCGGAAGUUUCUGCAAACAGGACAGUGUGAUUUUGGGUCCAACUGCAGAUUUUCCCACAUGACGGAGCAGGACCUGGAGAAGCUGAGUGCCCAGGUGCAAGGGGAGCGGAGAUCCAAGGAGCUGCAGCAGGAGGGAGCAGAUGUCCCGCCUGGCGCCAUCGAGGACUGGCUGGAGAAGAGAGCAAAGAGACUGAGCGCGGCUCAGAGUAACAGCACAUCAAUUUGCUUCUUGAUGUUAACGAAGUCACCCUCCCAAUUAAUUCUCUGUUUGCCCACCAGAGGCCCUGGGGUGGAAACUCAUUAAUUUCUCACCACCUCAAGCCCGGCAGGAAUAACACGGCAAAUUUCUGGGCUUUUCCCCACAAAUCCCGGCAGGAGAUCUCCACGCUCUGCAGCAACAGGGACCUGUCGGAGCAUCCUUCCCCGUGGACGGGGGAGGCAGACGGUCCGUCCCAGCUCCCGUUGCUUCGUCCCUCGGGACAGAGGGCACGAGCGCGCGGCGGCACUGGGGAAAAAUAAGAAUUAAAGAGCGG